CUCGGACAGUCCGUCGACUCAUUUUGUUUUCUCGCCUGCGGCUGAAAUUUGGACGGUCUGCUGGUGCUGCAGGCAAUGUGGAUACAGUAUUCAGGUUUUAGUCUUAUAUAUAAUCGUCUGAGUAGUUGCGUAAACGGACGGGGAAUGUAGACAAAGUUUUUCUCUUCUUUCUUUCCUUCCUUCCUUCCUCUCCCGGUCCUGUUAGUGGUCUGGAGCGUUUCACAUGCGGACUGUCAUUCAGAAAUACUACAGCCUGCAUUUUGAGCGCUCACGUGUUUGACCUUAGCCGAUUUAUUUUUUAUUUUUUUUCGCGUAGUUAUCACCUUCCUUGUGUACCAUGUCGACUUAAUUUACUACAGCUGCGUUUUGUUGACAGACGCGUCUCCUAACAUCUGUAAAUCAGUUUUAGUGAACCACGGAUCAAGUUGUCGAGAUCAUAAAAUCACGGAUUUUUUGGGAUAAAGACACGGUAUACGUGCAGGGUUGCAGAGGGCUGCAGAGUGUGGAUAUCUCGUUAACUUAAUGUCAAAAGACUAAAUGAUCCUUUUUCCUUUAAUGAAAACCAGAAUGGAGUUUCUCCUGGUCUUUGUGUUGCUGGAGUUGGUCCUGAUGUCCACUGCUGCAAGAGGUCCACCCAGGGUGUCAGAGCGAGUGGCGCACCGGCAGAGCGUCCGCCUUGGUCGCACCAUGAAGUUGCCCUGCCCCGUGGAGGGCGACCCCCCGCCGCUCAUCAUGUGGACCAAAGAUGGCCGCAACAUCCACAGUGGUUGGACGCGGUUCAGGGUGUUACAGCAUGGUCUACGUAUUAAAGAGGUGGAGGCUGACGACGCGGGGACGUACAUCUGUAAGGCUACCAACGGGUUUGGCAGCGUGAAUGUCAACUAUACACUCAUUGUUAUAGAUGACAGUUCAAGAGGUGGAGCCGGGAUGGCCAAUGGUGACUCCGAACAUGCCCCAGAGCUGGCUGGGAAACUGGUACGUCCACGUUUCACUCAGCCGUCAAAGAUGAGGAAGCGCGUCAUCGCUCGCCCAGUGGGCAGCUCAGUGCGUCUGAAGUGUACGGCAAGUGGUAACCCUCGCCCUGAUAUUGUCUGGCUGAAGGACAGUCGCCCGCUGGUGGACGAGGGCGGUGGAGCAGGAGGACAGGAAGGGAAGAAGAAGAAGUGGACCCUGAGUCUCAAGAACUUGAUGCCUGAGCACAGCGGGAAGUACACCUGCCACGUCUCCAACAGAGCAGGAGAGAUCAACGCCACCUACAAAGUGGAAGUCAUACAGCGCACCAACUCUAAGCCCAUUCUGACUGGUACUCACCCAGUCAACACCACAGUGGACUACGGGGGAACCACGUCUUUCCAGUGUAAAGUCCGCAGUGACGUGAAGCCAGUUAUUCAGUGGCUUAAAAGAGUUGAACCUGGUGAUGAGAACAAAUUUAACUCCACCAUAGAGGUUGGAGACCACCGCUUUGUGGUCCUGCCUACAGGGGAGGUUUGGUCACGUCCUGAUGGAUCCUACCUUAACAAACUGCUGAUAACCAGAGCCAAGGAGGAGGAUGCUGGCAUGUACAUCUGCCUGGGAGCAAACACUAUGGGCUACAGCUUCAGGAGUGCCUACCUGACGGUGCUACCAGAUCUGAAGCCACAAAGCAACUCUGUCCCCACAGUAACAUCCCCAAGCCUCCCCUGGCCCGUCAUUAUUGGAAUACCAGCAGGCGUCGCUUUCAUCUUAGGCACAGCACUCCUUUGGUUCUGCCAAUCAAAACGCACCUGCUCCUCUUCCUCUUCAUCAUCCACUGCUCUUCCUGCCACCCAGCGUCUUCCUGCGACCAAUCGUGACCGAGCCUGCACGGGACCGCCUACUCAACCAGCCAGUGGGGAUAAAGAUUGUCUUUCAUAUGAAGACUACAUUGCCCAUCAGCAGCUGCUCCUGGCUCAGGGAGGCACUGGAUUGGUCCCCAAGGUCUACCCAAAGAUCUACACGGAUAUACACACACACACACAUUCACACGUGGAUGGAAAUAUACACCAGCACCAGCACAUUCACUACCAGUGUUAGCAGCGAGGCUAGCAGCACGUCUCGCCGUUUCACGUUCAGCUCUUACGCGAAAAUGUUCCUGUGCAUGCAGAUUGAUUCACAAGAGCUCACACUGACUGCUGAUACACACAGCAAAGAACAAGGAAAGCGACACGCAAUAGACCACGAGGAGUCAUAUACAGAAACAUGGAAUCUUCCUCAGCCUCUCCAGCAGUCAUUUUGUUGUGCAAAGACAGACUUAUUCAAACCCAAACAAUGAAGAAUGUAAAGAAAGAAAAGAUCUUUAUUUUUAGCCAAUAUGGAAGCCAAUCAAGUGAAAACUAUACAAGGAAAAACCAAAAACACGUUUUAGCCAAGGUUAUUUUUUUAUAUGAAAUCUUUUCUGCAGAUUUUUAAAUAUCUCUUUUUUGCUCCAAGGCCUUAUUUGUAGUGACAAUGAACAGUCAAGCUUCAAAACGAACUGAGCAAGCCAGCAAUUUAUCUCAAUACACAGCUCUACUACACUACAAGCCUCUACUCGUGUAUUCAGUGGAAUACAAUUAUAUGGCAUUUAGCACCCUGCUUCAUCGUGGGUAAUCUAUGAAGAACAAUAUAGCAUGUGUGUAAUGCCAUAGCAUCAUUUUAAAUUAUAUCUCAGGCAUCAUCCCAACUGAGCCAUAAAAAAACACAAAUUAAGACAAAGUCCCACCACCUCGGCAAAGAUGACGGCUGCUGGUUUUUGCUUCUGCCGAGUUCAGCUGCUAUCUGGGUACUGUGUGCAAGGAUCUCUCUUACUACACUGAUUUUGGCAGCAGCCACAGUGUGAUUUCUGUUAUAGCCGAGGAGCUCCUCCCUAAGUACAUCUGCUGUCCGGUUCUCAACCCUCAUUAGUAAAAGGUGGCAUUUCCUGUUUCGCGUCAUGUCUUUUGACCAGCUUUGAUCGAUGCUCACUGACUUUAGAAGAGAGGGUUGAAGGAUAUCAGUGCUCCUCCUGCCAUACUUUUAACGUCUAUAGCAAUAUGAAGAUCAGCAGCGCUUCUGUGUAAAAUGGCGCCUCCCAAGAAUUGCUUCCAGAUUUCAUGGGUCACUGUUGGAUUUUUGGAUCUGUCACAUAUUCUUGUUAAUCUGUCAUGAGAUUUAGAGAGCUUUAAAGAGAGUAACUUCAUCUUAAACUCUAAUUUUAAGAUGACACUCAAAGUCCUUAGCUCUUCUUAAAACCCCUCAGAAAAUGACAUCACCUGUAAAGGAGGUUUUGCAUGUGCUCUGUGCUCCACACAUGGUUUCUCACAAAGCAGAGUGACUCAUCUGUAGCUUUUGAAUAAAGGGCUGCCUUCCCGCCUGCAGGGCCAUCUGUCAACCUGAUAAGGAAAAUGAAAGUCGUAUGUCGCAGUCAUGACAUUUUUGAUGUUAAAAAGUUAAAAUGACGGGAUGCAGCUUAAAAUUGAAUCAGGUAUUGGUGUUUUUAUCACUAAAAUUGAGAGCUCUGCAGAAAGUUAUGUUGAUUAUCAUAGAAAUACACACUGGCUCCACAGUGGCAAUGAAUUUAAUUUUCAAAUAAGCCUGGGAUAUUUGGUUCUUUAUGUUUUGAUUCACUCAUCUACAGAUUUAGCCGAUUUUGUUUUAAAUGCCUUUACAUGCGGGUUGUAGUCAUCUUCUCAUUACUGUAUUACAAUUUGAUCUCAUCUCAAUGUCAUUUGAAAGCCCAUGAUGUACCUUCACAAGUGUUUUCACUCCUUUUGGCUGAGAGAUCAUUUAGACCUUCUGUCUUGUACAGAUUGCAUUUGAUUAAUGUUUUGCUCACUCUCAUGUUGCACCAUUUUGUAUAGGACAUCCAAAAUCUUUCCCAACAUUGCUCCAUCCUGGGCAGUGGUCUGAUCAGCCAGAUGAAGAGAAAACACCUGUGUAGGUGUUCUGGUCCAGUUUGUCAGCAAGGUCACCAACAGCUGUUUUGAGUAAAGCAAUUAGUGUACUUUGUAAAUGACCCCUGAGUUAGCUGCUUUCAGACACUGUAGUCUCAGCUUUAGUAGGAGAGAGUGGCUGUGAAGUUAAGAGGUGAUGUUGAGCUGAUGAUAUUGUGUUUGGGGUUCUAAAAUCUGAUGCAUCCUGUGCAUCAGGAGAAAGAUAUCAGGUUGAUUCACAAAGUCUAAGUUGUGGCCCUUUUUUCAUGAUGAAAAAAGGGCCACAACAUCUUAGAAUCGUGAGCAACACUAAUUGCAAAAGGGUUUUGGUUUUUCACAGUCUCGCUUUUCUUUUAGGUGUUACAGAUACACAGAUUCCCGUUUUUUCUCUUUCUUUUCUUGCUGCUUGGUUUGUUCAUGUUCUGAAUAACUUUACUCUCAUCGUAUCAUCAGCACUGUAUCAUGUUUUCACUUCUUGGGAAGUGUUUGGGAAACGUUUGCUUACACCACACUGGGAUAAAAUCACAAACAUUGACUUUCUUUCACUGUUUCUUGGGUGUCCAUUUUGUUAUUCCUGUGUGUGCUCAUGAAUCUGACCACUAUAUAAAAACAGAUAAGGUGUAGAUUUCAUCUGUUUUACAUCACAGCAUGACACUCCAUGCAUGUGGUUGAAUCAGUGAUCAGUGACUUUGUCCAGAUAUGUUUUAAAACAUGUACAUUUUAAAAAAAAAUGCAACAGUGACAAACUUUACAAGGCUGUCAGAACAGGAAGUGAUAUAUAGGAAUCACUUGGUUUAGUUAAAUGUGUGCUUGUUCUUCAGCAUAUUUUUUGCACAUAAAUCUUUAAACUCUAGGAAAAUGUACAAAUAUAUCCACAUGGAUAAUUCAUAUAUACCACUUUUUAAUAAUACUCAUAGAUAUGUUAUCUUUGUGUGAAAAGAACUGUGGAGCUGAAGGCCAGAGAUUUCAAACCACUACCAGUCAGGCCUCUGGUCUUUUUCUUGGUAUCCCUUUUAGAGAUUUUAUUUUUUUGUUUUGUUUUUAUUUCACUUUCAGAAUGAUAAGAUCUUUAAUAAAGUCUGGCCUGUAAAACACUCAGCCCUCAGAUAAAAUGAACCACACCUGUAUACCUGCGCUAAGACCAAUUUAAAUAAAUUAACAAAAAGUAUGUCUCAUAACCCCAGCACAGACAACCAGCUCCAGCUCCUUGCCCUUACAACAAUUAGAAUAAUUAUAAAAGUUUCAAAUUGAAAUGAAACAACCAAAAAAAACACAAGAUACAUCAAUCAGCCAUAAUAUUACUACCACCUGCCUCAUCAUCAGCCAUCAGCCCAUCAGCCAAACCAGCCCUGACCCAUCGAGGUCUGGACUCGACUGGAACUCUGAAGGUAUGCUGUGGCAUCUGGCACCAAACCAGCAUUAGCAGAUCCUUUAAGUCCUGUAAGUUGUGAGGUGGAACAGACUCCAUGGAAUAGACUUGUUUUUCCAGCACAUCCCACAGAUGCUUGAUUUGAUUGAGAUCUGACCCAGUUUUUUGCAGUGUGCCAGGGCACAUUAUCCUGCUGAAAGAGACCACUGUCAUCAGGGAAUACCGUUACCAUGAAGGGAUGCACUUGGUCAGCAGCAAUGUUUAAGUAGGUGGUACAUGUCAAAGUAAGAUCCACAUCAAUGGUAGGACCCGAGGUUUCCUAUCAGAGCAUUGCCCAAAACAUCAAAACAACAUUUUCAUUUAUUUUCUUUCAGCUCUAACUGAUAAACUAAAUAAACUUGAAGCAUUACCUUAGUAGCUCCUCCUUUGACUGGUCUUCUGUUCUCUCAUCUUUUUUGUUCAUCUGUUGACAAAGUCACUCCGAGCAGCUGGAGCAUGGUCUUCCUUUUCUGUUUCAUGGGUGGAAAAAAUGCUAAACAGCUCAGUUUUCCUCAGUCACUGCUAUAUUUUUCUGUGAAAACUAUUGUCAAAUGACACCCAUUUCGCUUUUUUUUUUUUUACCCAUUUCAUGUCAAAUCCAUCUUGAGUUUGUAUCAAAGCUAAUGGACUGCCAACAGACAGACUGUGGUUAUGUGAAUUAGCAUGUACAUGCAAUGACGUUAGUGUCGAAGUCAUAGUAACUAUUAGAUCCUUUAGUCAGAGGGCUUUGGACCAGACAGUAGCUCUAGCAACUCAGUGGCCCACAAAACAUUGCAAAUGCUAAAUUCAAAAGCGUGUGUCUAACUUAUUUUCUUUUAAACAUGUUUGUGUUUUCAUGUAAUUGGGCAUUAUAUUGCAUGAGUGGAUUUUGUGUUAUAGUAGCAAUGUAAGCUAUGUAGAAAACAUCAUGUUCAUGUCAUUGUAAGAUACUGUAUUUAUAUGUGCUGACAGAAUAUACAAAAUUUUAUCAAAUAUCUUUGUAUCGACAAUCUUGUACAGUCUAUUGUCAUUUAGGUUAAAAUUUUAUUUUUUUCCCAGUGUAAUCAUGUUAUUGGUGCCAUUAAAAAAAAAAAAAAGUUAAAGCU